CCUGUUUCAGUGUGUCAGCUUUAUAUUCGCAUUAACAAACACAGUAACACCAAAGCUUAUCCUUAUAAAUAGAGGCCACUCCUCUGCCAAAUACCCACAAACCAAACAUCUUCUUCUCCUUCUAUUCUCAUAUUCUUCAAUCUCUUUUAUACCAUUAAUAAUGGCUAUUUUCACAUUCGAGGACCAAACCACUUCUCCCGUAGCUCCUGCUACCCUUUACCAAGCUCUUGUGAAAGACGCCGACAACAUCGUACCAAAGGCGGUUGAUUCCUUCAAGAGUGUUGAAAUCGUUGAGGGCAACGGUGGCCCCGGAACCAUCAAGAAAAUCUCUUUCCUUGAGGAUGGGGAGACAAAGUUUGUGUUGCACAAAAUAGAAACAAUAGACGAGGCAAACUUGGGAUACAGCUACAGCAUUGUCGGAGGUGCUGCUUUGCCAGACACUGCAGAGAAGAUCACAAUCGACACUAACAUCAGUGACGGUCCCAACGGAGGAUCACUUAUAAAGCUGACCAUAUCUUACCACGGCAAAGGAGAUGCACCACCCAACGAAGAUGAGCUCAAAGCUGGCAAGGCCAAGAGUGAUGCUCUUUUCAAGGUCAUCGAGGCUUAUCUUUUGGCCAAUGCUUGAAUUAUUACCAAAAGUCUUUGAUUACACAUGUACCCGAGUUUCCUUGUGUGUUUAUCUUAGAACCUGGCUUCCAACGUCACCCAGUGUUUCCUUCCUUAUUUUUAUUUUGUCCCCAAUAUCUUUAUAUUUCAGUUCAUCAAUAAAUUAUAAUAAAUCAAAGAAAAUUUUAAACC